AUGAAAUACACUUUCCUCCUUUCUGCUUUAUUAGCUCUUGCCCAGGCUGGUCCUGUUAACCAUUCUCACGAAUUGCAAAAAAGAUCCUCUUGUACCAUCACCACCUCCAACCUUUCCAAUAUUGCUUCGAUUAAAAAAUCUUGUACCUCUAUUAUUGUCGAUGGCGUCACCGUUCCUGCUAAAGAAACUUUAGACUUGACCGGAUUGAAAUCUGGUACCACCGUCACUUUUGAAGGUACUACCACUUUCGAGUACGCUGCCUGGACCGGUCCAUUGAUCGCGGUUUCUGGGUCUGAUGUCACCAUCACCGGUAGCUCUGGUCAUGUCAUUAACGGCAAUGGUGCCAAAUGGUGGGACGGUAAAGGUUCCAAUGGUGGGGUCAAAAAGCCAAAAUUCUUUUCUGCUCAUAGCUUGCUGAGCAAUUCAGUGAUUGAAAACUUAAAUAUUAAGAAUACCCCAGUCCAAGGGUUCUCGAUCUAUGGUGUUGAUGGUUUGACUAUCGACUCCGUGACUAUUGAUAAUUCUGAUGGGGACUCUGAUGGAGGUCACAACACUGACGGGUUCGAUAUUGGCAGUUCUAAUAACGUUAUUAUCCAAAACUGUAUCGUCAAGAACCAAGAUGAUUGUUUGGCCAUCAACUCGGGUACUGAGAUCCAAUUCUUAAACAAUCAAUGUUCCGGGGGUCAUGGGAUCUCCAUUGGGUCUGUUGGGGGUAGAAGCAACAACGUUGUCAGCGGGGUUACCGUGUCUGGUAACACCGUCACCGACUCUGCCAACGGUAUCCGUAUCAAGACCGUGUAUGGUGCUACUGGUAGUGUCAAAAACAUUACCUACAAGAAUAACAAAAUCAGUGAAAUUUCCAAGUACGGUAUUGUCAUAGAAGGUGACUACGAAAACGGUUCUCCUACUGGUACACCAACUGGUGGUGUCCCAAUCACCGAUUUGACUGUUUCUGGGCUCACUGGAUCUGUGGACUCUAGUGCCCAACCUAUUUACAUCUUGGUGAAAAAUGCUUCUGGCUGGACUUUCAGUGAUAUCGAUAUCACUGGUGGGAAACUGUCUAAGACUUGUGAAGGCAUUCCAUCUGGUGCCGGAGUUUCUUGUUGA